UUAAAUCAUAUUUUCAUGAAAACUUAAGGCAUAGUCAAAGUUCCUUUUUUUAUGUCCCUGCAGGAUUUCAGGAUGUCUGAACGAACGAACCUGUUGGUGCAUUCGGUCCCGCCGCACGCUCUGACCCGACUGGCCCGAGAGUGGCUGUUAGAAGACGCACCAAGCUUCGACCCGGCAGGUGUGUGCGUUGGAUCGGAGGAGGUGGAGGCCAGACUGUUGUGUAAAACUCCUCACACCGUCCUGGCAGGGAGUCCGUUCUUCACAGCGGUGUUCACCGAGGUGGGCUGCACCGUGCACUGGAUGUACCAGGAAGGAGCUCAUCUCGGUCCAGACGAGGUCACCCUGACGGCUGUGGUCCGAGGCCCGGCGAGGUGCCUCCUCCUCGGGGAGCGACCGGCUCUGAACUGCCUGGCCCGGGCCUCGGGGAUCGCCAGCCGCUGUGCACAGCUCAGGGCGAAGGCUGAAGCUGCAGGCUGGGGCGGAGAAGUGGCGGGCACCAGGAAGACCACCCCGGGCUUUCGGCUGGUGGAGAAGUACGCCAUGCUGGUGGGCGGGGCUUCCAUGCACAGGCAGGACCUGAGCGGGAUGGUGAUGCUGAAGGACAACCACAUCUGGGCUUCAGGGAGUAUCACAGAGGCUGUGCGAGCGGCGCGGUCGGUGUGUGGGUUCAGCAGUAAGCUGGAGGUCGAGUGUCGCUCCACGGAGGAGGCCAGAGAAGCCGCUGCAGCCGGUGCGGACAUCGUCAUGCUGGACAACCUUCAGCCUCCGGAACUCCAAGUUGCAGCUCAAACGCUGAAGGAAGAGUUCCCGACUCUUCAGAUCGAAGCCAGCGGAGGAGUCACUCCAGAGAACCUAACUUCGUACUUCUCUCCACAUGUAGACGUCGUUUCUCUAGGCUGCAUAACACAAGGAUGUCCAGUCGCUGAUUUUUCUCUUAAAGUUCAGAAACCCAGAACAAACAAACCCACCAGCAAAGUGGCCGAACAGCAGUGAUGGUUGGCGAAUAAAUAAAAUAUAGUUUGAAAUGA